UUCUUGAGCCGUUUCCGGUUGGUCGUGGUCCGGCUCAAGCCGGCGUCCGGUAGGCCGGCACGUAGGAGAGGGAAACAGGUGGAAAGAGGAAUUAGAACGAGUUUGUCCUGGGCCACCCUGGGGUCUGCUUAGAGAGGCCUACGCCGCUCACUUCCGCCGCGGCCUCGGGGCCUCCUGGAACGGCCAGGUUCAGAGGCCGCUCCGGCGAAAUAUCGUAAGGGCGCUUCUGUGGGGUCGUUUAGGUUUCAUCCUGUGCUCCCCUCUUCAAAAGCCUCCAAAGCAGCCUUCGUGAUUUUUCUUCGAGAGGUAAAGAAUUUUCGCCUUUAGGGUCCGUUGACUCCAGCCCCGUGUCCUCGAGUCCUCACGCACGCGGCAAUUCCGGCACAUGCCGGUGUUCUAAGGACCCUUUCAGCUUCCUGAGGAAAAGAUAGAGGCAGAAAGGAUAAUGGCUGAGUGUUUGAGAAGUUGUUCUCGGGACUCAGUGACCUUUGCUGAUGUAGCUGUGGACUUCACCCAGGAAGAGUGGACUUUACUGGACCCCUUUCAGAGAAACCUAUACAGAGAUGUGAUGCUGGAGAACUACAAGAACCUGACCACAGCAGGGUAUCAAUCAUUGAAACCCACUCUGAUCUCUUGGUUGGAACAAGAUGAUUUGAGGACAGUGGAAAGAAGAGGAGUCCUCCAAGGCUCAGCAAUUCAGCAGGAUAAUCUUGGGGGAGAAACAUCUGUUGAGAUGGAAACAGUAACAUUGGCAAGAAUCCACAAUGGAUGGAAACUCUGUAAUUGUGAGCAAUAUAGGAAAGACUUCAGUGAACACUUGAGCCUUAGGACAGGCAGGAGAACUCAAAAUGGAGGCAACACUUACAAGCAUAAUGAGUAUGGAAAAGGCUUCCUUACUCUGCAGAAGAAAACCUCUACGGUUGCGAAGCAUUUUGUGUUUAAUCACUGUGGGAAAGCCAUCAUCCUGACUCCAAAUAUUGUGAAUGGGAAAACCAGUGUGGGAGAGAAAGCCUUGGAAUGCAGUGAUGGUGAGGAAGCUUGUGUGAAUCAGCCUUCUCUUCAGGCACAAGUAGUAACUCAGAAUGGGGAAAAACGCUGUGAACAGAGGGAACAUGGGAGAGCUUCUUUUCACUCCACAAGGCGUGGUAUACCUCUACGAAAUCACACCACAAAAAAAAGUUAUGAAUGUAAGGAGUGUGGGAAAGUCUACAAAUAUCAUAUAUCCAUUAAAAUUCACAUGGGAACCCACAAUGGAGAGAAACCCUAUAAAUGUAAGGAAUGUGGGAAAGCUUUCGUUAUAGCUUAUGAACUUAAGAGGCAUAUAAAAUCUCAUACUGGAGAAAAGCCCUUUAUAUGUAAGGAAUGUGGGAAAGCCUUCAUUAGAGCUGAUCACCUUAGGAGCCAUAUAAAAUCUCAUACUGGAGAGAGGCCCUUUAUAUGUAAGGAAUGUGGGAAAGCCUUCAUUAGAGCUUAUCACCUUAGGAGCCAUAUAAAAUCUCAUACUGGAGAGAGACCCUUUAUAUAUAAGGAAAGUGGAAAAUCCUAUUUUUAUCCCUUAUUCCUUAAUGAUCACAUGCAAAAUCAUAGUGAAAUAAAAGUGCAUAAAUGUAGGGAGUGUGGGAAAGCCUUCCUAACUUCCUAUAGACUUAAAGAACAUAUAAAAUCUCAUAGUGAAGAGAGGCCUUUUCCAUGUGAAAAAUGUGGAAAAUUCUUUAAAAGUUCUUCAUAUCUUAAGAUUCACAAUCGAAUUCACACUGGAACAAAACCAUAUAAAUGUACGGAAUGUGGUAAAGCCUUCAUGAGGCCUUUUGUACUUACUGAACAUAUGAAAACUCAUGCUAGAAAGUUUUUAUGUGAAGAUUGUGGAAAAUUUUUUGUCAGAUCUCAGUUCAGGGACCAUAGAAAAUCUCACAUUGGAGAGAGGCCCUUUCUAUGUGAUCAGUGUGGAAAAUCCUUUAAACAUUCCUUAUACCUUCAUCGUCACAAGACAAUUCACUCUGGAAUAAAACCUUACAAAUGUGAGAAAUGUGGGAGAGCCUUCACUUGGAAAUCAGACCUUUCUAAACAUGUCCAAACUCAUGGUGGAGAGAAAGAAACCUGAGGAUGUAAACAAUGUGAGAAAUCCUUCAGUUAUUCCAAUUCCUCAGGAAAAACUCACCCUCUAGCAAAAUCAUGUAAAUGAAGAAUAUGUGAGAAAGCCUUCAAUUCUCUUAGUUCGUUUGUCUUGAAAGAAAUCACUUUGUCUAACUGAUGUCAGGUAUGUGGGAAAGCCCUCAGUGGCCCUGAUACACUUGACGUGAAAAGAUACACUUGACGUGAAAAGAGCACACUGGAGAGAUGGUCUUCAAGCAUAAGG